AAACAUUUUUUUCAUGUGGAAUAUUUUAACAACUUCUCAAAAGAGCAACAAAAGAGGCAAAAGGCCAAGACUCGAUCAACGUUGUUCAUAUUUGACAAAACUUCCACCAAGCUUUUUUACCUCGAACACCGCCAAGAUUUCGGUUCCCAUUUGCCCAUUUUUCUUAUCUUCCCAAUAAACCCUUCUCUCUCUCUCCACUGUAUACAGCUCUUGGGAGCCAUUGUUGUACAUCAAGCAAGCUCCAACCUCUGUUUUCUCUUUCAAAAACAGAGAUUAGAAAUGGGGGACAAAUAUAAUCGCUUUAAUCCACAAAAUGUUCGCCACAAACACAUGUUCUUGCCGAUGCUCUGUUCUAAGCCGGCGAUUAAAGACGGCCGGCCACCCAGAUGCGAUCGGGACCGUUCGGAGUCCUUUUCCGGUGACCCUUUAUCGCCGAGAAUCGGAUGUAUGGGUCAAGUUAAACGGAAUAACAGAGUUGCGGGUCUUCCGAUUUCUCACAGGAUUUUGAUUACAACCAAAAAUGCCGUUCUUAACAGCAAAAAUGGCAACAACCCAAAUGUUGGUUACUUCAAGCUGAAGAAAUUUUUCUCCAACAAAAAUCUCUUGGCUUCCCCCUCCAGCACCGUCACCGGCACCGGCACCACCAGGUCCACCGCCGCUGCCACCGCCGCAUCGAUAUCGUCGGUGGGUGUCAACGGUUGUGGGAGUAGAAGAAGAGCGGCCCCAAAUUCUGCAAUUAUGGGUAAGAAGAGUGUUUCUGAAAAUGGGAAUUGCGGAUCAUUCAACAUAGUGGAUUUGGAUCCGCCGUUGCCGGUGGUCCGGCGAGUGCAAAAAGCCGGAGAAGAAAGAGGGGAAAUGGAUAAUCUAUGGAAGAGAAGGUCAGGUGGGAUUGUACUACAGAGCUUACAGAUACAGCAAACCCAUCUUCCAAAGCAUCGGCUUCAGAUUACGACUGUUUGAUGAGGAAAAAUUUGGAAGUGGAAAUGGGUAAUCUAAUCAUAUAUUCCAUGGAGAGUAUCUGUAAAUGAUCUGUUCUUUUGUUUUUUCUCUUAAUAGUUUUUUGAUUGUAUCUCAAUCACUGAUGCUGAAUACAGUGUGAUUGUUACUCGUUGUUCAUAAUCUUCUUUUUGGUUCAAGUUUCAAUUUUAUGCGACAUGUUUAUAUUAAGUUUACCUGUU